UGAAUUCGUUUUGGUUUCUUACUGUCACUUGUUUUUCUGUUGAUGCAUUGAUGCAUCUAUAAUUACCCCAAAUGCCGAAUCUGUUGCUUUCAGCCGAUUGUGGCAGGAUUGCUUCUUUUGCUAUGCCUUGUUAGAACUAGUUGUAGUUUGCCAUCCAAUCCCAGAUGGUUGCCAGAGUCUUCUUGUUGCAUCUCUUUGCCUCUUUAAAUUUUGUUUUCGCAAUAGCCAGAGUCCUUGAUAGUUUGCUUCAUAAUUAUGUCUUACUGUCUUUGAGACAGCAUUAUAACUCUUGAUGCAUGCAUAUGGGCACGCUGUCGGUUGUGUUUGGAACCAGCCAAAAUUAUACAUUAAAAAUUUUCAUAGACGGAAGUGGCAUGCUCGCAAAAGCCCAGAUAUGAAGAAACAAGAAAAUUAAUGGUAGAGAAAAGCGUGGUUUAGCACAUGUUCGACGAAAUGUCUCGAAGAAAUUGAAAUGCACCUACUGAUUUGAAACACUAGUUUGUGUGGCAACUUGCCAGUGAAGUGGAUCAAAAUGAGUGUAGUAUGGCCAAGGCUUUUAACACCUAAUAACCUUUCUCAGAUCAUUAGGAAGCAGAAGAAUCCACUAACAGCUCUUAGAAUUUUCAAUGAAGCCCUAGAGAGAUACCCCAGUUAUCAACACAAUGGUCCAGUUUAUGCUACAAUGAUUGGCAUUCUUGCAAGUUCGAAUCGAAUCAUGGAAAUGAAAGAAGUUAUUAAUCAGAUGAAAGAGGAUUCUUGUGAGUGUAAGGAUAAAGUUUUUGCCACUGCUAUACAGACUUAUGCAAGAGCUGGAUUGUUGAAUGAGGCUGUUUCGCUUUUUAAGAACCUUUCACAAUUCAAUUGUGUGAAUUGGACUCUGUCUUUUAAUACCCUUUUGAGGGUAAUGGUGAAAGAGUCUAAGCUUGAAGAUGUUCAUCAAAUAUUCUUGGAGAGUUGUUACGGAUGGGAAGUGAAGUCUCGAGUUCAGUCUCUGAAUUUGCUAAUGGAUGUAUUAUGUCAACGUAAACGAUCUGAUCUUGCAUUGCAAAUUUUUCAGGAGAUGGAUUAUCAGGGUUGUUAUCCUGAUAGGGAAAGUUAUCGUAUCUUAAUGAAGGGUUUGUGUGAUGAUGAGAGACUUCAUGAGGCACAGCACUUGUUGUAUUCUAUGUUUUGGAGAAUCUCUCAGAAGGGUAGUGGUGAGGAUAUUGUGGUAUAUAGGAUUCUCUUAUUUGCUUUAUGUGAUAAAGGGAAAGUUCAAGAGGCAGUGGAGAUUCUUGAAAAGAUUUUAAGGAAGGGGCUUAAAGCUCCUAAGAGUUGUCGCCAUCGUAUUGAUCUUAGUCCAUGUAAUACUGGUGAAGAUAUAGGAAGUACUAAAUGUUUGAUUAGUGAAGCUUUGAUCAGAGGCAGCAUUCCCAGUUUGGCUAGUUACAAUGCAAUGGCUAUUGAUCUAUAUAAUGAAGGUAGGAUUGAUGAGGGUAAUAAACUGCUUGACGAAAUGCGAAGUAAAGGCUUUUGGCCAUCACUGGUGAUUUAUCAGGCAAAAUUGGCUGCUCUGUGUAAAGAAGGUAUGGUUGAUGAAGCGGUGAAGGUGGUUGAAGAGGAAAUGGUGAAAGGAACUUUAGUGCCCACUGUUAAAGUGUAUAAUAUCUUGUUGAAAGGCCUAUGUGAUGCAGGAAAUUCAAAAGUUGCAGUUGGAUAUUUGAACAAGAUGGCUAAACAGGUUGGCUGUGUUGCUAAUGAGGAAACAUAUGGCAUUUUAGUGGAUGGGCUGUGUAGAGAUGGUAGUUUUAUUGAAGCGAGUAAGAUUUUGGAGAAGAUGCUGAUUAAAUCUUAUUGGCCUUCUGUUCACACUUACAAUGUGCUUAUAAGAGGUCUUUGCUCAAUAGGCAGGCAAUAUGAAGCAAUGCUAUGGUUGGAGGAGAUGAUCAGCCAGGGGAAGCUGCCAGAGCCUUCUGUUUGGAGCUGCUUGGUGGCAUCUGUAUGCUGCAAUAUGGCUGACAUGAAUAUUUGCAAUAAGCCCUUUGGGCAGCUAAGUGUUGGUGACGCAAAUGCGGCUUCAGCUGAAACACCUUUUGUAGGAUCAGCAAGUUCAAAUCCUCAAGAUUGAGCAAAAGCUUUUCAUUUUUGAGGUGGAUGGGAAAUAUAUUGGGCAAGAAUCAGAUUAACUGAAAAAACAGAUUUCAUGAUCUGGAUUGUGCAGUGGCCAGAGGAUAAAUUUUGUACGCUAUCUGUGAAAGAUUCAAGUCGCACUUAUUCAGAAAGUUCGAGGAUCAUCCCUGUCAGUGUGGUUAGAUGAGCGAAGCACUCCUUAAUUAGCGGCAAUGAAGGACAUCUUAAAAGGUGGGAGAAGCAUCAGAGCCAUGACUAGAGGCCAAAUCAGCUGUAGAAGCCAGAAAAACAGAUUUGGGAUUGCUAUUGAAUUGCAAUUGUACAAUUCCAGGAUGAUAAAACAAUAUUCUUCAGUCAUAAUCUAAAAGAAGCAGAAAGGUUGGAUUCUUUGGUUUUUUGUUGACCAAAUGAUAAAAUUCUUGUACGGUAAGGCCCCCAUAUGUUUACACCAGAACAGAAACAUGGUUACCUCUUAACUUGUGGGAAAAGGAUACUGUGAAGAAAAAAGGAGAGUUCUGGUGGGUUAGGCUUAGGUAGACUAAUUAUGGGUGUCUUUCUUCUCCUGUGUGUGUUGAAGAAGAUGGUAGAACGCUAUAUGUUAGGGUUGGUGUUAUCUUGGAAGUCUGGUUUUGGAAGCAGCACAAGGGUUUCAUGCCGAUGUAUUCUAUACUCUCUUCUUCACUAGAUUUUGUCUUAUAGACUUGAUUGAUAAAUGAAUUCAUAAGUUGCUACUGUUAGGAUUAAUUGCGAGAGUCCUCUAUUUAUAUCUUAAUUUACUAGCCUUCAUGUUAU